AUGACAUCAACUUGUGGUUGGCAAUCCACAUCUGAUUGGGGACGUUAUGAAAUGUACACGAUAAGGGAUGAUGCACUUCUUACGACGUCCAUUAGCGAGGGAACCUUGUACGUUAUAGAUGUUGGUGGGUCAGAUGAUGAGCCCGAUGUGGAUCCACCCCGAGAGGCCAGUCCCGAUGAUACAGAAGUUGUAUUAUUUUUUGAACCAGAGUCUGUUCCAACCAAACCUGAAGAUGGUGAAGGAGAUUCAAAUGAAGAAGAAGAAGAUCUACAAUUCAUGGCGUACUUGUCUCCAGUCCAUAUGCAUAAUGUCGAUCUAUCAGCAGAUGAUGCAUUAGAGUUUCCAAAUGUACCACACAUGAGGCGUGACCACACAAGUUCAUCGUUGGAUUCGUGUGAAUUGAAAGUUGGUAAGGAGUUUUCUAGUAAUGAUGGUUUUCUCGAUGCAUUAAAGCAAUAUAGCAUCAUGAAUGGGGUUAACUACAACAUGAUUAAAUUCAAAUCUACGAAGUUCGAGGCCAAGUGUUUCACAAGAUCAUCUCAAGCUGGAUUUAGAGAUGGUAGCGGGCUUAAUACUACUGAUAGUGAAAACGGAUCUCAUGACUGCUGUGCCUGGGUAGCUAAGCAAAAGGCGUUGGAUAAUAUGCACAAUGGGUGGGAAGCUUCAUACAAUGAGGUGUGGCAGCGGUGUCAGGUGCUGGAGAUGUACGUCCCAGGUUACAUAACAGACCUUCAAACAGUUCCUGCGGACUACAACGACCGCUUACUCCGUGGAUACCAAGUGUUCAAGCAUCUAUAUACCCGUCGGCUAUUGCUAGCUGUGGUACAAUAUGGUGAUGGGAGAAUCCUUCCAAUUACGUUUGUAAUAACACUGGGGGAGUCAGGUGACGAAUGUGAUUUCUUUCUUUCUAAGUUGAGGAGGCAUGUCUGCCCCCAACCUGAUAUCUGUUUUAUAUCGGAUCGAGGAGCUGGAAUACUAGCUAUAAUUGAGCUAUAG